GCAAUUAACGUCGAUCGUCAAGCUUGAAAAUCUACUCAAAUCGUUGUUAGCUCACUCGGAGUGUUCAUGUGAGUUUGUGUGUCGAAACUAACUUUUGUUUGUUUACGGCAGCCGAGGAAAUCGCAAUCUAAAAAACGAAAAAACGAACAGAAGACGCGACUUUUCGAUCAGUUGAGCAACGGCACUCGCAGCGACCGGAGCCAAAAAAAACACUUCAGCAGCUGACAUUUAAAUUGUUGUUGCCCUGUUAUUGUUGAGAAAUCUGGCAGAAUGACUACGAAAUUCUUAAUCAACGGGGUGCCCUAUGCAGUGAAUCUAAGUAAUCUUCCUCCUGAUAUAACCCUGAACACAUUUAUCCGGGAACAUGCCCAACUUACGGCCACCAAAUUUAUGUGUCAAGAGGGAGGAUGUGGCGCCUGCAUUUGCGUGGUUCGCGAUGGAAAGCGCAGUUGGGCAGUCAAUUCGUGCCUCACCCUGCUGAAUACCUGUGCCCAGCUGGAGAUCGUGACAGCCGAGGGAUUGGGUAACCAGCGCACCGGCUACAAUCCCAUCCAGAAGCGGCUGGCCAAGAUGAAUGGCACCCAGUGCGGCUUCUGUUCCCCUGGAUUCGUGAUGAAUAUGUAUGGUUUACUGCAGCAAAACGAUGGCAAGGUCAGCAUGUCGGAGGUGGAGAACUCCUUUGGAGGAAAUAUCUGCCGAUGCACUGGCUAUCGUCCCAUUCUGGAUGCCAUGAAGUCCUUUGCCGUGGACAGCAAUAUUGGGAUUCCUGCCGAGUGUGCGGAUAUCGAGGAUCUGAAGCCUCGAAACUGCCCGAAGACGGGACAAGCCUGCAGUGGCAGCUGCCGUCUGCCAUCCACUUUGGUCUACGAAGAUGGAAGUCAGUGGCACUGGCCCAAGAAUCUUACGGAACUUUUUGAGGCCCUCGAUAAGGUUAAGGAUUCGGAUGAGUUCAUGCUAGUGGCUGGCAAUACAGCUCAUGGAGUCUACCGAAGAUCCCCCGACAUCAAGCACUUUAUCGAUGUGCACGGAGUGGAUGAACUGCAUCAGCACAGCCUUGAAGGGCAGCAAUUAAAACUGGGAGCCAAUCUGAGUCUCUCCCAGACCAUGGAGAUCCUUCGCACUACUUCCAAGCAACCAGGCUUUGAGUACUUGGACGUCCUGUGGAGUCACAUCGACCUGAUUGCUAACGUUCCAGUGCGAAAUUCCGGUACUUUGGCGGGAAAUAUUUCUAUUAAGAAGCAACAUCCUGAAUUCCCUUCGGAUAUCUUUAUAUCCUUCGAGGCUUUGGAUGUUAAGGUGCUGGCUGCGAAAAACGCCACUGAAGAGAAGGAAAUGUCCCUGUCGGAAUAUCUAAGCACAAAUGAUAGGAAGCUGGUGCUCAAAGCAUUCAUUCUUCCAGUCUAUCCCAAGGAUAAGUACAUAUACGACUCCUAUAAGAUCAUGCCUCGUGCCCAGAAUGCCCAUGCUUAUGUAAACGCUGCUUUUCUCCUAGAAUUGGAAACCGAUUCCAAAGUGAAGUCGGCUCGAAUUUGCUUCGGUGGAAUCCGACCAGACUUUACCCACGCUUCAGCCAUUGAAAAACUGCUGGUGGGUCAGAAUCCCUACGAAUCAAAUCUGGUAGAGCAGACAUUCAACAAACUGGAGGACCUGAUUAAGCCCGAUGAAGUGCUCCCGGAUGCCAGUCCCGUCUACCGCUCCAAGUUGGCCUGUGGACUGUUCUACAAGUUCCUCCUGAAACACGCUCCCGAUGCGGAGGUGGGGGAGAAGUUCCGAAGUGGAGGCCAGAUCCUGCAGCGGCCCCUCUCCUCUGGGAUGCAAGUCUUCCAGACCCAGAAGAAGAACUACCCCGUCACCCAGGCGGUGGAGAAGGUGGAGGGCAUGAUUCAGUGCUCGGGAGAAGCCACCUACAUGAACGAUGUCUUGACCACUUCCAAUAGUCUACACUGCGCCUUCGUGGGUGCCACAAAAGUGGGAGCCACCAUUGACCAGAUUGAUGCCUCGGAAGCUCUCAAGGAACCUGGAGUGGUGGCUUUCUACAGUGCGAAGGAUCUUCCCGGAACGAAUACCUUUUGUGAGCCCAGUUUUGGUUACGAGGCGGAGGAAAUUUUCUGCUCGGGAUUGGUGCGUUACUCCGAACAGCCAGCGGGAGUAAUUGUAGCUCUAACUGCUGACCAGGCUCAACGGGCUACGAAGCUGGUGAAGAUCAGCUACAGCAAUCCCAGCUCCGACUUUAAAUUGAUGCCCAGCUUGGGAGAUGUGUUUGCGUCUCCAACUCCAGAUCCAUCAAGAAUUAUUCCUGUAUCCAAAUCUGACUCAAAGAAGAUCAAGUUCUCGGAUCAACCUGAUAAAGAGGUGCGGGGCAUCUUCGAAAUGGGUCUGCAGUAUCACUUCACCAUGGAGCCCCAAACCACGGUGGCGAUUCCCUUCGAGGAUGGACUCAAGGUCUUCUCGGCCACCCAGUGGAUGGACCACACCCAGUCUGUGAUUGCUCAUAUGCUGCAGGUUAAGGUCAAGGAUGUUCAGCUUCAGGUACGCAGAUUGGGCGGUGGCUAUGGAUCAAAGAUAUCCCGUGGCAACCAGGUGGCGUGUGCCGCCUCCUUAGCUGCUCAUAAGCUGAAUCGUCCGGUUCGCUUCGUCCAAUCCUUGGAGUCCAUGAUGGAUUGCAAUGGCAAGCGGUGGGCUUGUCGCUCCGACUAUCAAUGCCACGUUAAGUCCAAUGGCAAGAUUGUGGGCUUGAACAACGAUUUCUAUGAGGACGCUGGCUGGAGUCCCAACGAAAGUCCCAUCGAGGGUCACUCCACCUUUACGGCCACCAAUUGCUACGACCUCACUGGAGAUAACUUCAAGAACAAUGGCAAUGCUGUGCUCACAGAUGCCCCCAGUUCCACUUGGUGUCGGGCUCCGGGAUCUGUAGAGGGUAUUGCCAUGAUGGAGAAUAUCAUAGAGCAUGUGGCUUUUGAAGUCCAGAAGGAUCCAGCUGAAGUGCGACUGGCAAACAUUCCGGCGGGCAAUAAGAUAUCCGAAUUGCUUCCCCAAUUCCUGGAGUCCAGGGAGUAUAAGCAGAGAAAGCAGGAGAUUGAAACCCAUAAUGCCAAGAAUCGCUGGACGAAACGAGGCCUCGGCCUGGCAGUGAUGGACUAUCCCAUUUUCUACUUUGGACAGUACCCGGCUACAGUGGCCAUUUAUCAUGUGGAUGGAACCGUGGUGGUUACCCAUGGAGGCAUUGAAAUGGGACAGGGCAUGAACACAAAAGUGGCUCAGGUGGCUGCCUACACCCUGGGAAUCGAUUUAAGCUAUAUCAAGGUGGAAUCUUCUGAUACCAUUAACGGGGCCAAUUCCAUGGUCACUGGAGGAGCUGUGGGUAGCGAAAGUCUGUGCUACGCCGUUCGUAAGGCCUGCGAUACUUUGAACACUCGCUUGGAGCCGGUGAAGAAGAAGGACGCCUCUUGGGUGGAGACUGUGGGAGCAGCCUAUGCCAAGUCCAUCAACCUAAUCGCCUCUGAUCACUACAAACAGGGCGAUAUGCAGAACUAUCAUGUUUAUGGUCUGGCUUUAACCGAAAUAGAGCUGGAUGUGCUUACUGGAAACAGUCAGAUCAAACGUGUGGAUAUCCUGGAGGAUGCUGGAGAGAGUUUGAGUCCGUAUAUAGACAUUGGACAGGUCGAAGGAGCUUUUGUGAUGUGUCUGGGUUACUGGAUGAGUGAGCAGUUGGUGUACGAUCGAGCAACAGGUCGCCUGCUCACCAAUCGCACCUGGAACUACAAGCCACCGGGUGCCAAGGAUAUCCCCAUAGAUUUUCGCAUUGAACUCAUCCAGAAACCGAAUCCCACUGGAGCAGGAUUCAUGCGGUCGAAGGCCACUGGAGAACCACCCUGCUGUCUGGCUGUCAGCGUGGUCUUCGCUCUACGACAGGCCCUGGAGUCAGCCCGCCAGGAUGCGGGACUUCCCCGGGAGUGGGUCCGUCUGGGAGCUCCCACCACUCCGGAAACUUUGGUGGUCAAUGCUGGACAUGAAGCAGCCAGCUUUAGACUUAAGUAAAUCUUCAAUAUUGUGUGGGUUCUUGUACAUCUUUUAUACACUUGUUUGGUAUAUCUUUUAUAUUAUGUAUUAUAAUCAUUACACAAAUAAAUUCAAAACUUGCACUGAG